AUGACUACCGCGGCCCUUCUUGUUUCGACAAGCCCGUAUGUUUCAACAGAGGUUCUUGAUUCUUCCCAUGUUGAGCGAAACGCCCGAAAUGACGGAAAGUACAUUCAUGCAACGGGCUCGGGAGAUUACCCGAGCGUUUCACCAAAAAGUCUUCACCGGGACUCGGGAUCGAGCGUCAAGGAAUUCAAGUACCAUGGAGGCCCUGGGCUAACCAUGAGAGGUUUCGUCAGAAAGAGUCCCCAUCAACCAGCUGCAAACUUUAGGGGGGUGUCCGGGGAAAGCGGAGCGCGGCGCGGCUCGUAG